AUGGCCUAUACCAUCGCAGUGUUGGCAAUAUUACCGGUUAUCAUGGCCGUUCUUCUCUACCGACUCGAUACCUUCGCUCCGGCUCAAUAUCCCGAUCACGAGUUGACUCCAAAGCAACCCCUAUUUGUGCCUAAACGAAACAGUCAGAUGCUUCAUGGGUCGGAAAAAAUCGGGGCUGGUCAGCUGCUGGGGCCGGAAGAUAUAGCUUACGAUCCCAUCACCGGAAUUAUAUACACCGGCACAACCGAUGGGUGGAUCAACCGAGUCUCGGUUAACAAGUCAGCAGCAGAGUCGAAGGUGGAGAGAUGGGUCAACACUGGCGGCCGACCACUAGGACUUGUUCAUGGACAUCAUGGUGAAGUCAUCAUAGCAGAUGCUGUUAAGGGGUUACUAAAUGUGAGUAGAAAUGGUACAAUAGAGCUGCUGACUGAUGAGGCUGAAGGUCUAAAAUUCAAGCUAACAGAUGCUGUUGAUAUUAAUCUUGAUGGCAUUCUUUACUUUACAGAUGCUUCUUAUAAAUACGCUCUCCAAGAGCUUUCUUCAGAUUUUUUAGAGGGUAGACCAUAUGGCAGAUUCAUGAGUUAUGAUCCGUCUACAAAACAAACGAAAGUGCUACUACAUAAUUUAUAUUUUCCGAAUGGUGUAGCAGUUUCACCAGAUCAGCAUUCUGUUAUAUUUUGCGAGACUCCCAUGAGAAGGUGUAAAACGUAUUACAUAAAAGGUGAAAGGAAAGAGUCCGUGGAUACAUUUAUCGAAAAUUUACCUGGAUUGCCUGACAACAUUCGAUACGAUGGAGCAGGCCAAUAUUGGAUUGCAUUAUUCACAGGAAAUACAUACUUUUUUACUUUGUCACAACGGUAUGCCUUCAUCCGUAAGAUGGUGGCAAUAAUGGCUAAGUACAUGGGUGGACCACCGCGAUUCGAGAAGAAUGGAGGGAUUUUUGCCGUUGAUUUGGAUGGAAAGCCGAUGGCACACUAUUAUGAUCAUGAUCUAUAUCGAACAACAAGCGGCAUCAAAAUUGGGGAGCAUUUGUAUUGUGGUUCGGUACAACUUCCAUACAUCAUGCGCCUUAAUAUAAGCCAAUAUCCAGCAACAUGA